AUGGCUCAAGAUUCAGUAGGCCUUCCUUCUGAUUUUCAGUUUUGGAUGCGCAAGCUUUCUGUAUGGGAUCAGGCAUCCACUUUGGAAACCCAACAAGACACCUGUCUUCACCUGCCUCAGUUCCAGGAGUUCCUGAGGCAGUUGUAUGAAGCCUUGAAAGAGAUGGAUUCAAGUGCAAUUAUUGAAAGAUUCCCCACAGUUGGUCAACUGUUGGCAAAAACUUGCUGGAAUCCUUUUAUCUUAGCAUAUGAUGAAAGCCAAAAAAUUCUAAUAUGGUGCUUGUGUUGUCUGAUUAAGAAAGAUCCACAGAAUUCUGGAGAAUCAAAACUUAACUCCUGGACACGGGGGUUGUUAUCUCAUAUACUUUCCACCUUCAGAUUUAAUAUAAAAGAAGUUGAUCUUUUUACUCAAGUUCUUGGGUAUGCACCCACAGAUUACUAUCCUGGUUUACUUAAAAAUAUGGUUUUAUCAUUAGUGUCUGAACUCAGAGAGAAUCAUCUUAAUGGAUUUAACACUCAAAGGCGAAUGGCUCCUGAACGAGUAAGGUCCCUGUCACGAGUUUGUGUCCCACUUGUUACUCUGCCAGAUUUUGAACCAUUGGUAGAGGCUCUGCUCACCUACCAUGGACAUGAACCUCAGGAAGUGCUCUGGCCUGAGUUCUGUGAUGCUGUGAAUGAGGCUUUUUUGCUGAAGAAGAUUUCUCUCCCCGCGUCAGCUAUACUCUGCCUCUGGCUUCGGCACCUUCCCAGCCUUGAAAAUACAAUGCUGCAUCUUUUUGAAAAGCUUAUCUCCAGUGAGAGAAAUUUUCUGAGGAGGAUCGAAUGCUUUAUGAAAGACUCACUGCUGCCUGCAGCUGCCUGCCACCCUGCCAUAUUCAGAGUUGUUGAUGAAAUGUUCAGGUACGCACUCCUGGAAACUGAUGGAGCCCUAGAAGUACUAGCCACUAUCCAAGUGUUUACACGAUGCUUUGUAGAAGCUCUGGAAAAAGAAAACAAGCAGCUGAAGUUUGCAUUCAAGACCUACUUUCCUUAUGCUUCUCCGUCUCUUGUCAUGGUGCUACUCCAACACCCGAAAGAUAUCCCACAGGGACUUUGGCACCAGGCACUGAAACAUAUCUCUGAAAUGCUCAAAGAAGUAGUUGAAGACCAAACUCAUGGGUCCUACGGAGGCCCCUUUGAGAGCUGGUUUUUGUUCGUUCACUUUGGAGGAUGGGCUGACAUGGCGGCUGAGCAGUUACUGACGUCGGAGGCUGAGGCUGAAGCUCCAGAGGCCCUGCUGUGGCUCCUGGCUUUCAGCUGCGGUCCGGGAGCUGGGCAUCAGCAGAGAGCACAGACCAUGGUGGAGGUGAAGGCCGUGCUCAGCCGCCUCAUGAAGCUGCUCAGGAGUCCCACCCUCUCGGCCAGGGACCUGCAGGCGGCAGCUGGAGAGGGCGGGGAGGGAGCUCCCAGACCGCCUGCCUGUCAGCAGCUGAUCAGGCGCCUCCUCCUGAACUUCCUGCUCUGGGCUCCCGGAGGCCACGCGAUUGCCCGGGAAGUCAUCACGCUCAUGGCUCAGACUGAUGCAAUAAUGCACGAGAUUAUUGGCUUUCUGGACCAGACCUUGUACAGAUGGGACCAUCUUUGUGUGGAAGCCCCUAGGUCGAGAAAACUGGCCAGAGAGCUCCUUGCAGAGCUGCGUGGGCAAGCCUAGCCCAGGCAAGUUAACCAGGGAGGCUACGCCAUGAAAUGGUGGGGCCGCUUCUUAUGGCCUCUGUUUGUCGCAUGCAUUCCCUCCUUGAGUUGCAAGAAUGAGCCAUAAACGUCUUGGCAAGAUCUGGCAGUACAUAUUUUACAAAAUGAGAAGUCAGGUGCUUUAGCCUGAAUUCAGUGAGAUUUACUCACCAAUGACGGGGUUAUGCUUCAGCAUUCCCUGUGCCUGUUCAGCCCGGAUGUCGAUUAGAGAGUCACUCAAGAAAAGGCUUGGAUGGGAGAACAGAUGUUUAUUUCCUUCCCCGCCCCCCCAUAUCAAACCAAGAUGCACAACUAUUAUUUGGAUGUUUCAAACUCUUUGGACCAAGAAAUUGGUCAUGAACCACUGAUCAAUUUAGAAGGUAACUUAGCUGUUUUCCAUAGAUCUCUUUUUUAAGAAGUCCUAUAAUUGUUACUGGUAUUUCGUCUUAUCCACCGGGAUACUCUCUUGCUCCCCUAAGACGUUCUUCAUCCAGGAUAGUCAGGAUCCCUCAAGUUUCCCUCCCGUGCCCCCUGAGCAGAGCCCACCCAAGCCCAGUAGCAAGUAGUGGUGAUGGGGUAGCAACACUGCUUAGCAAUGAAAUAAAGCCAGCUUUGGGGCUUUUUGCUUUAUACUGGCUAAGCACUGGCUGUUACCAAAAGAGCUCAUAUUAACUCAAAGGUGGCUGACGGGAGGGUACAGGAUGUGUUCUAGAAACAUUGGACGAGAUUAUGCGUCAGUUCUCUAUUCACUGAAAUGGGAACUGGAAACGUCUAAUAAAGAAUUGGGGGCUUCCCUGGUGACACAGUGGUUAAGAAUCCGCCUGCCGGGCUUCCCUGGUGGCACAGUGGUUGAGAGUCCGCCUGCCGAUACAGGGGACAUGGGUUCGUGCCCUGGUCCGGGAAGAUCCCACGUGCCGCAGAGCUGCUGGGCCUGUGAGCCAUGGCCGUUGAGCCUGCGUGUCCGGAGCCUGUGCUCCGCAACGGGAGAGGCCACAACAGUGAGAGGCCCGCGUACCGCAAAAAAAAAAAAAAAAAAAAAAAAAAGAAUCUGCCUGCCAAUGCAGGGGAAACGGGUUCGAGACCUGGGCCAGGAAGAUCCCACAUGCCGCAGAGCAGCUAAGUGGGUGCGCCACAACUACUAAGCCUGCGAGCCACAGCUACUGAGCCCGCACACCUAGAGCCCAUGCUCCGCAACGAGAAGCCCGCGCACUGCAACGAAGGGUAGCCCCCGCUUACCGCAACUAGAGAAAGCCUGCGUGCAGCAAAGAAGACCCAACGCAGCCAAAAAUAAAUAAGUAAAUUUAUUUAAAAAAAAAAAGAAUUGGCAACGCCAACAUUAAUAUUUAUUUUACAUUAGUUGAAGAUAUUUUUUUCCUUUCAGGUUUAUUCUUUUGCUCUUUUGUGUAUGAUCUGUUUUUGUCGAGUGAGUCCAGACUUUUCUCACUUGGAUUUCUGCAUCAGUCAUCUCUGAAUUUCCCUCAUUCUUGGCUCCUGUUUGAGGUAUAAGUAGAGUUUUGAUGUAUUAGAGGUUGAGCUUUUAGGGGAGUUACUUGUUUUGGUAUACGGAUCCACCUGAAGAUCUGGAAAAUUCCAAGACCUUCUGACCUGAGCCUUUCUUUAGAGAAAUGUUACAGUAUGAAAGGUAUACUGGUAAAAUACUUUUAUCACUAGUGCCAGCAUCAUAUGCUUCCCUUGGUGUUGAGGGCGCCUCUCCUAUGUUGGCUUUUGCCAGGGAAGCUGUGACCAACCUCUGUGGACAUGAAGAAAAGGUCUUAGUUUGGUGGCAGUGAGUAACCCCUAAACCAAGCGGCCACUGGGAACCAGACCUCCCUGUGGGGAGUGCGCUUCCACGUGGACAUCCAUUCACACUGUAUUUCACAGCAAACAAUAAAAACAAGACGGUUAUCUCAGAUUGUUUAAGCUGCAUUUCUGGAAGAUCCCUUCCUGUCCUGACCUUACCUCAGUCUGUUUGUAGUAUUUCCCAAUUCCUUUACAAAGCCUCUAACGUUCUCCUAAGCCUUGGACUUGGGUCAAAGAGGACAGAGCCCAAAACUACAGGGAAAAAAGGCAUUAAUGACCACCCAGUAGUACAGAGGUUAUGUUAUUCAUCAGGACUUCAUGAUGUUUGCAGAAUUUGUUAGCUUUUUCAGAUUUGUAAUUUGUUUUAUAGUUUGUCAUUCUAAAUAAAAAGCCACAUGGCAC